UGGAUAAGAUCCAUGGUGUUCGGAUGCUGAAGGUUACAAGCAUAAGCACCCGCUCCUGUGAGCUGAGAAACAGAUGAACGCCGUCUCCCAGCGUACCUCACUCAUGUCCAGUGAGAAUCAACCUACCAUCUUACACAUGGGAUUAAGGAAAAAGCAACUCACUAAAUGUUUUGGCUGCGAAACAAAAAACAGAAAUAACCGAGGGAUAUAAACAACGCAUACAGUAACCACAUCACCACCUGGUUACCUUAUUCACAGAGCUUGUUUUGUUUUUCAUUUUAAGUAUAUCAAUGACAACUACAUACACAUAUACGCUAAUACACACACACACGCAAAAAUUGUUUUUUUGGCUAUCAAUAUCUGUAACAAGCGUGAUUUUACACCAUGGUAGGUAAUACAUAAAGCUUUUUCUUUUCCGUAGAAGACUAAGUCGUAUAAAUCGAUAGAAAUGAAACAAAAAGAAAGAUACGUAACAUUAUCUUAGACUGAGAGAAUGAAUGAAAGAACUACACGUGCCCGCCAACAUUAAUUCGAGUGGGAAUUUUAUAAAAGAAAAAGAAAAAGUAGGUAACCACGGCGGGAGACUGACUGUCAGCCAGACAAGGCGCUCUGUUCGGGUCCCAGAAUGCAGCAUAGUUGUAAUGUCUGCGCAACCGCACUCACGCUCUAUACGUUAAGGCUAUUCUGUUGCUCUGUAGUCGUCGCCUUCUCCACUAUCCCUUACACAGUACAACUUUUUCACCUCUUCUCUCAUUUCUUCAUUCUGUUAUCCUUGGUGUUUUCGCUAUACCAUUCGACUCCCACACUAUCCAUCGUCUAUUAUUCUUUACUCUUUCUAUCCAACACUCUGACAACGAACUGUUCGCUUUUACUUUAUAUACUACCUUUGUCUUUCACUCUUUCCCUUGUUUUUUUUUGUUUUGUUUUCCAUCAUUUAUUUAAAUAUCUCAUGUCUUUUUUCUUCUCUUCUGCAGCUAUUUUAAACAUAUCUUAUUUUCUAUUUCUAAUUUUUUUAUUUCCUUAGUAUUAAGUUUUUUUUUUUUUUACUCAGCCCUCGCACUUGCUUUCUCACGCGUUUCAUACACAUCCAUGUAGGCUGGCCUAUAGAAAACAGCACAUUCACGGAGGCCAGUUCACAAAGCAGACAGUCCGAUCGCCAAAUUUUAAUUCCUUUCAGGAGAUAAAGAAUUGCAAAACUAAGUACGAUUCCCAAAAUUUCUUUGUUGUCGUUCAAAAAUACAAGGACUUGCAGAAUCAACACUGUUUUUAUUCUCUUUCUUUUUUCUCUUCUUCCGUCAUUGUUCACCUACGCAUAUAUGAUGAGUUAGGAAGGUAAAUGGUUGGACCAGUGAUUUUUGACGUAAAGGAAACUUUUUUUAUUCCCUCAAACUGGCACAGAAACGAGCGUCUGACCCAGGCAAAAUGCUGGGUAUAAAGUUUAAAGAUGUCAUUUUGGAGACAAUUGACCAAUUACGGAAAAGGAAAGCUCGCCCAGAUUUAGAUCGCAUUAGCAACAUGCUACAACGCAAACAUGGGAUAAGCUUUGAAGAUACAGAAGCCAUCCUAGAAAAAUUGGUGGACAGUGAAGUGGUUUUCAAAGUUGAUUACAAGGGCAGCACAAGUUAUAGGAAUGCGGCCAAGUGGCGAAUCAAUCAUAUCGGCGGACAAGUUCAUAAUUCAAACCAAUCCAAUCAAAAGAUUCGCGCCCUUGGACAACAACCUAGUAACAAUUCAACUUCUACUACCGAUGUGAUGAAUGUUUCAGAAAGUGUCGUCAGUCCUGGUAACCGAAAAAAUUCAUCGAACAGAUCUCAUGUCACUGUGGUUGACACCGAAGAACUAAACCCAACUUCUACUACAAGUAGUGAUAGCCACCUGGAUAAAACUGCAAGUAAUUAUCAAUGUUCGGAAAAUGAAGCCGGUAGUAGAGGAACUAAAAAAACAAACGUUAAUGUUACUACAACAGCAACAAUAUUAACAACUUCACCACCCUGCUACACUUCAACACUGUCAACAAGAAAUUCAAGAAAAGAACAGGCUUCGUCGAAAACGACGAAUACCAACGUGAAGAGGAAUACAGAAAACUGGCAAUGUAAAGAGAAUAGGUUGACGGAAACAACCGCAUUCACCGGCACACAAAAUGGGAAGGAAAGUGAAUGGGAUAAAAAAUUACUUAUAAACGAUAAUUCCUCUGGUGAUGCUGUUAUGACUGAUACUUUUACGGAAAAUGACAGUAACAACAACGAAAACAAUGACAACAAUAGUAAUGAGAGGCACUCUUCUUGCACACUUUCCGCUAGACAGACAGUACACAGUAAAAAUAUGAAUAACACGUUAAUAUCACGAAUAGUCAACAAUUAUAAAGCCGAUAGCAACAACAACAAUGCUAAUGGUAAUGACAAAAAUGGAAUUAGCAGUAGUAGUGAUGUUGAGGAUUGUAAUGGAGGUGGCGGUGGUGAUGAUAUUAACACUAGCUGUAAUAAAUUCAAAAAAGCUAUUGGAACAUCGCAUUUUCCGAGCAGCGCUGAACUAGUUCAUGACGCUCUCUCCAAGUUAAAAUCUUCUUUGUCGUCUUGUGUCACAGUUACGACAGCUGGCGAAACAGACACGUCCAAGUCAUCUCCGUCCAUCGGCUCUUGUCAAGGACGUCGUGAAAAUAGGCAACAGUCAGCUGUCCUCAGUAAACUUGGUCAUCCCUGCAGAGAGAAGCAACUACAAAACAAGGUUUCUUUAUUUACUACUAAUGCGCAACCCCGUGGCAAUAGAAUGACCAAAACAGCUACUCCUGUCGCACCUGUCUUGGCUCGAAGAGGCCGUCCUGUUUCUAAAAGAAAGAGAAUUCGUAAAACUCAUGGCCCUGAAUUCGAAAGUGAAGACAUUUUGAAAUUUGAUCAGGAAAAGUGUGUUUCCUGCUUACUUACAGCUGAUAGGAACAAACAUGGACAGCCAGAAGAAUUACUUGUUUGCAAAGAUUGCAAUACCACAGUUCACCCUUCAUGUAUGGAUUAUUGCGAAGAGCUUGCAACAAAGGCACGUAACUCUCCAUGGCAAUGUAUAGAAUGCAAAACUUGCUUUAUAUGCGACGAUUCCGGAGAUGGGGACUGCAUGUUAUUUUGCGAUGCCUGUGAUAAAGGAUAUCACAUGAAAUGCCAUCUUCCACGUGUGAAUGAGAAACCAAAAGGAAAGUGGGUGUGUGGUCAAUGUGCAUCAGAAAGUGAAAAUUGUCUACCUCAGCCAAUGGAAUUCGAAACCGCAACUCCAGAAGAGACCUCAAUGCCAACCACCAAUGGCAACCAUCGGGACAACAUGGAAACAACAAGCCCACCAGGUCUUCCAACUCCUCAAGAUUCUCCAGCUCAACCUGAACCUGAGGACAAACCAUGUGUUAAAGAAGAACCUGUCUCAUUACCAAUGUUACGAGACUUUCAAGGUCCCUAUCCUGAUGCUGCAAAUUGGAGUAUUGAUGAUGUUGUGAAUUUCUUUAAAUCUGCUGGCUUUGUAACACAAGCAGAAGCUUUUCGUGAACAGGAGAUUGACGGCAAAUCUCUCCUGUUGAUGAAAAGAAGUGAUGUCCUAACAGGUCUGUCAUUGAAAUUAGGUCCAGCACUGAAAAUGUACACCCAUGUACAAAAUCUUCAGCUUGUUGGGCAGAGUUCAUAUGUGAAUGGUACAGGGCAUUAAGGACACCUUCCUCUGUUUUAAUUGUUGCCCAGUUAUCACAAAUAUCACAAAUAUCUCAUGCCUAGAAUAACAGAUAUCUGCUGUGCUAUGAUUUUGUUGUCAUGGAAUAAUCUCAUUUCAUCUUUCUCUCUCUCUCUCUCUCUCUCUCCAUGAACAAUGUUCUCAGGAAAUCCACGUUCUUUUCACAUUUGCUCAGAUUAUUUCACAUCCAUGACUGAAUGUGUGAGACAGAGGCUUUGUAAAUAAACAGUAUGUGUGAUUCAUCAAUGAAUGGUUAAGCUUGAAAGUGUUUAUAAUAUAUAUGUAAUGUUAUAUAUAUAUAAUGUAAUAUAUGUAAUAAAUGAUAUAUAUAAUAUAUUCAAUAUAUAAUAUGCAUAUAACGUAAACAUAUAUAUGUAUUAUAUAUAUAAAAUAUGUUAUAUAUAUAUAAUAUAAUAUAUAUAUGUAUUGCAUAUUUGAAAAAUUCAUAAAUCCUGAUAUUGUUUUAAAUCACAGUUCAUAAUUUAUUUGGCCAUUAAUUUUCAUUACUCCUCAACAGACAUCAUGCAUCACAGCUAUUUCAUGGGAAGAUUAAUUUAUAACUAUAAAGCUCAACUGAACUACAAAGUGCUAAUAUUUGCUUUAAACUUUUCAUAUUAUUCAACCCUUACAUAUCAUCUUUGUUUUGUAACCUGUUACUAACUUUAAUUAUUUCAUAUAUAUGUUUAUAGAAUCAAUUCAUUGAGGUUUUAAAUUCUGUCAGUGAAUAUCAUGUUAUGCAUUAUAAAAUUUUUGAAUGAAUAUCGAAAGUGUGUUCUCAUAUGUGUAUUAAUGUGCAUAAAUAGUCAUGUAAGUGCAAAUACACAGUCAUAGAUGUUUUUAUAUGCAUGAUAAUUCAUACACAGUAUGUGUGCAUGUAUGUAUGCAUUAGCAUAUACGCAUGUCUGAAUUCGUAUUUAUAUAUACAUAUAUGUGCACGUGUGUGCAUAUAUAUAUAUAUAUUGUGCCAGCAUGUAAAAGUGGACAUUAAAAUGGUGUGUGUGUAUUUAUGUAUAUAUAUGGGCAUUCUCACAUUAUGGAAACUUUGCUCCCCUGAAAAUCUUGGUGUAAUGUGGAGUUCCAUAUCAUGAUGUUUUACUAUUUUGGCUUCCAUGUUAUAUAGAAGUCAAAGACUAAUAUAAGUUUCACAUAACUAAAAGAUUUUAAUGAAUGUUUCCUUAAGAUUGAAGAUGCUUGUGUAUAUAAAUGUUUGCAUAUGAGUGUGUGUAUGUGUUUAUAUAUAUAAACAUAUAUCUGCAUAUAUAUAUGUGUGUGUCUAUGUGUAUAAACAUAUGUAUGUGUGUGCGUGCUUACACAUAUAAACAGAUUUUAGAAUGCUAGGAUUCCUUUCAAAGCCACUGUUCUGCAAUUUCAUAAUAUUUUAUUAGGAAUCGAAAAAUAAAUUCAAAUCCAGAUCAUAACGUAGUUUACUUGUGAUAAGCUAAGUGUACACAUCAAUGUGUAAAGUUAUGUUACUGUUCAGUUUUCAAUCAUAUUUAUCAUGGCUGAUUUUCUAUUUAUUUCUGCAGCAACUGAUUUGUUUGUUGCAGUAACGUCGCUUUAUAGUUCAUUAUAUAACCUGGUACUUUUUAUGUGAGAUAGUAGCAGUUUAAGGCAGGGAACAAAUGAAUAAGAGAGCUUUUAACCACUGUGAAGCUGGGUUUAAUUUUCGUUUUCCAUUGGCUUUCUGAACAUUGCUAUUCUGUAUGAAUACCCAACAGAUUAAUAAAUUCAAGUCUCAUUUAAAAUGAACAUGAUUUGAACUUUUGCAGACAGGAUCCGAGUUUCAGUGAGGAAACAUUUUCUAGCUACUAUAUUGAAAUAGUCCAUAAUAUUUAACAGUGUAUGAAUGUUUUCAUACCAAACAUAUAAUUGUUUACUAUCGAGUUGUCUAGUAAUAUCCAGCAAUGACAUUUUGCUUAUUCAGUUUUCCUUAGUUUGUCUGAUACAACCAUUUAUAAUUAUUCAAUAGUUCCUUCUAGUUUAGUCUCAACAAUAACAACAAUGGAUAAUUAAUAAUAAUAGAAAUCCUCAUCAUAUUUUAGUAUUGAUGUAGUGCAAUCAAUACUUAAUUUUGAGUAUUUAUUGCAUUGGCUUUUCUAUAAAAUUCUUAAAAUGCUUUUGCAUGCAUGCAUUUAUGUAUGUAUGAGAUGAAUUGCAAAUCCUUACUGUUUUCAAAUUCCUUUCAAUAAUAGCUUCCUCAAAUGUCUUAUAACUGAUCUUCUGUGAUCCUAAAUCUCGUUGAAUGUCUGUAAACAUAUCACAGAUCUCUUAUCAUUGAACCCCUAUUUUCUUUUUAGCUCUUAAGAAUAAUCUAACAGAAUUUUGUUGAAAUAGAAGUACUUGUUUUGGACAUUGAAACUGUUAAUUGGUAAAUUUUCAAAUGAUCUCUUUAUCAAAAAUUAUUUAUGUUAGCUGAUAUAUGGAAAGCAGAUAUAAAAUUUAUGAUGUUUAAAUAAUUCAAGAGAUUUUGCUACUGUUUCAAAUAUUCUUACAAAGGGAAUCAUACAAUAUAUUCUUGAUCAAUCUAUUUUCAUUUGAAUAUCAUAUAUUUUAAUUUCUGUUUUUCCACACUAGCAUGGGUUUGGUAAGAACCUAUCUAAAAGAAUUUAUGUAAACUAAACAUUUCAACUAAUAUUUUCCUCACUUUCAUUACACAAAUGGAAUCUAGUCAAUUUGAUCUUAUUUCGUGUUCAUAAGUCAUUUAAACAUUAACAACGUAUUUCAAAUUAUAAAUAUAAAAUCCUAAUCUUGUUAGUAAACUAGAAAGAAAAAUCAUGACAAUUAUUUAUGAUAGUUAAGACAAUUUAAACAACUUUUUUAAGAAUCAAAGCAAGUGAAAAUAGAUCUUAAUCUAUAUUUACUAAUUAACAAUUUUAGUGUAUAAAUGUUAAUAGUUGUUUGUUAUAUGGCAUCAGUUUACUGUUCUUCCUUAACUUGAGUCAAAUGAACUGAGUGAAUUAAUACUUUUGUACAGUUUAAGGAAUUUCCACUUAUGUCUUACACCAUCAGAGAUUACUCCAGAUUUAGCUUAUUUCAACUUAGAUUAAUCAGUGAUAUAAGAAUAAUUGUGCUGGUCUGUUUUGUAAAAUCUGUUCUUUUCUCAUUGAAUGAAAGCUGUCAUUAUUUAAUACUUACUAAAACCCAAGCAAAUAUUUUUUUAGUUUUGUAUAUUUUCAUCAAUGUAAGAAACAUUUAAUUUGUAUCAAUUAAUCAGGAAACAUUGGUUAGUGUCAGUUAAUAACAUUUGUUAAUGUCUCCUCUAAACAAAACAUUGAAACUUCUUGAUAGUAUUUUAUCUUUCAAAUUGGUCAUAAUUAUUUCUUUUUCUGUGAUUAAGAUUUCCUUUUAGAUAUAGAUUUCAUUGGUUGUCUCUCAUGGCAAAAUAAAAUUGUAAAAAAAAAAAUUAUAAAAAAACUAAAACUGAAGUAUUUCAUAUUUUAAAUUAAGAACACUCCCAAUUUCUUCCAAGUGUUAUCAGCUUUUAUAAGAGAUCUCAAUGCAAUGAUUUUAUUUUUUAUUUUUAUACUUUUUAUUGGAACCUUUUGUUGGAUUUAAUGGGAUCCAGUGUUGUAAUCAUAUUAUUGAUUUUUUUUUCUAUUGUAUGUAUUUGAUUUUCUGAAUUGUUUUAUGUGAAAAAUCAUUAAAUUUGAUAAAAUAUUUCAUUGAAUAA